CCUGGUAAACAGCGGGAAUAUCAUUUUCGUUGCUACAUCCUGUGGAAAUGGGAACGAUUGGCACCGAUGAAAAGCAACCGUUUCUGAAUGAGAAAGAAAAUUUGAAUCAUGUAAAAAGAAACAUUGAUUCCUGGUAUAAGCGGCCAGUUUGGAACAGUGACGAGAAAACCAAGUAUAUGAUGGGGCGCAGUUUAUGUGGAUGGAUUAAGUUUUGGUUGCACUAUCUUAUUCUGUACAUAUGUUUGUUAAUUAUAAUGAUGGGAAUGUUAAUAAUAAUAACUCAGCUUAUCAUCAGCAAUGAUCAACCUUACAUAACUGGAAUGGACAGUCCCCUUGCACUUUCACCAGGCUUAGGAAUGAGACCACGCAAUGACUUUAAGACGACUUUAAUUGCUUACGCUUCGUCUGAUCCACAAACAUAUAUGCCAUUUGUCCAAGAUAUACGAACAUUUCUUUAUUUCUACGAAGAGGUCAAUAUACAACCACAGGAUGGAUUUGCAACGUGUGAUAAAAUUAAAUCACCAGAUGAUGUUGAUUUGGUUUGUAAAUUUUAUCCACAUGAUAUGGGUGUAUGUGUUAAAGAGAAUAAUUUUGGAUACGAUAGAAGUCAACCAUGUGUCAUCAUGAAAAUUAAUAAGGUUUAUGGUUGGUUACCUGAUAUUGUCAAUAAAACGUUAUCAAAUAAUCCUCUUGUUAGAUGUCAUGGUCAAAAUCCUCAAGAUCUGGAAAAUUUUGGUCAAGUACUUUAUUUUCCUAAUAUUACUGUUGAUGGAAAAACUUAAAGGCAAUAGGCAAGAGAAGUGACUGUUAAUUGUGAUGUACUGGAAUUCUUCACAUUGACGAUUGUUGCAACUUCAACAACACGUUCCUCCACAUACUACUUACAAUCAUGCUUCGGUUACUUUAGUCAUUUAUACUUUCCAUAUCUUAUGCAAGUAGCUUAUCGUUCACCGCUUGUUGCUGUACAAUUCGCAAGUCCUAAACGUCAUGUCCUUUUAAUGGUACGCUGUGAACUAUUUAAUGUACGUAAUCCUGGUGAUCCAAUGGAUUUUGAAAUUUUAGUAGAUUGAUUAAUUCAUAAACCGUAUUGUACUUAUGACUUUUUUCUUUUUCUUUUUUUUCUUUUUUUCUUCCGGUUUAUUUGUUUAUCCAAGUCAGUUUAUCUAUCCAUCUGUCUGUCUAUCUAUCUAUCUGAUGCCUGUCUAUCUAUCUUUUCACGUUUAUGUCUGUUUACCUAACUAUCUAUUUAAUUUAUACAAAAAAUAAAGGAAAAUGUAACCGAAUAUUUUUGUUUCUUAUUCAUGAUACUCAUUACGUUUCCAUGUUAGUUUAUUUUGUACAGACAAUUUUCUUUUUCUAAAAAGAAGAAAAUAGAAAAAAAAUAUUUUUUCCGGUA